AGAGACAUCAAGGAGAGAACCAACCAGAUAUCAAAGAUGCAGUGGAGUCUGUAUCUGCUUAUUCUGAUGGGUCAGUGUUGCUUCUUUACAUGCCGCCUGUAUGAGUACCACUUUAUUGCAGAAAACAAGAGCUGGUCUGAAGCACAGAGAUACUGCAGAGAGAAAUAUACAGACCUGGCCAAAGUGUUUGACAUGACAGACAUGAGCAGACUCUGUAACUCCACACAGAAUCAAGGAGAAGCCUGGAUUGGACUGAACAACAACACAGGUGGAAACAGGACAUGGCAUUGGUCUCUGCCAGGAGUGGAAUACAUUCAAAAUGACAGCAGCUGGAAUCUGAGUGGCAGACAAAACUGGGAGCCAUAUCCUGGGAACUGUGGGAGGAAAAGAGAGAAGCUGGCAGAUGUUUCAUGUGAAUAUCCUAUGUGGUUCAUCUGCUAUGAUGAAAUGAAGAAAGACAAUAAAAGAUUGUAUUUCAUUCAAGAUACAAAACUAAAUUGGACACAGGCUCAGAGCUACUGCAGGUAUAAUUACACUGACUUGGCCAGUGGACUCGAUCAGGUAGAUGGAAAAGAAAUGAAGGCCCUGAUUAAGUCUAAGGACUCCAAGUUUAGUGCAUGGAUCGGUCUGUUCAGAGACAGCUGGAGGUGGUCAGAUGGGAGUGAUUUCUCUUUCAGAUACUGGGAUAUGCAGUUAUUCAAUGAUGAACAAAGCAACAAGACAUGUGCUAUGACUCUGUUAAACACAUCAGGAAAAUGGAGCUCUGAUGAAUGUGACAAAGAAAAACCCUUCUUCUGUUAUGAUGAUAAAUUGAUCCUGAUCAAAGAAAACAAGACCUGGGAAGAAGCCUUGAAUUACUGUGAAAACAACUACAAGAGGCUGGUUUCUAUCACCAACCCUGAGGUGCAGCGAUGGGUCCAGGAAACAGCCAAGAAUGCUAACAGUCCCUAUGUUUGGAUCGGACUGAGCUACAAAUGCACUCUGGGAUUAUGGUUAUGGGGCAGUGACUACGUAGUCUGCUAUGAGAAGUGGGCCACAGAGGGGAAGACUGAAGGGUGUGACAUGUCUGUAGGUGUGGACAGAGGAGGACAGCAUGAGUGGUUCAGUCGCAGGAAUAAUGAGACGUAUAAUUUUAUUUGUUCUAAACAGUAAACUUUCUGAUUUCUUAUAAACCUAAAAAUAUCUAAAAUCAAACAGUGAAAUAUUAGGAUCAUUUCUUGAAAUCAAUUUAAAUUUGAUGCUAAUAUAACUAACCUACACUAUGCUAAUGGUAAUUUCUGAGUUAUUUAGACCAUCAGAGGGAGGAAUACCCACAAAUGUAAUGAUGUAAACAUUAAAUCUUGACUAAUAUCAAGUUCAGUCACAAUGGUUACAGGGGGAUGCCAUCUGUCACUUUGAAAUGAUCAUGAACAAUACAACAUCUUUGUGUUUUAUUAUCAUUUAAACAUAAAUCAAAAAUGUGCUUCAUCUCUAAAACCGGGCAAAAUAAAAAUUACUGUCUAUUUAUGCAGUCUUUUUUACUAUUGUAACCAAAACA